AUGCACCCGGACAAGUGCUCGUUCCGGGCGUCCUCGGCCCUCUUCUUGCGGGCGGUGGGGCUGUGUUUUGCCUUCGCGUUCGCGAGCCUGUGGGCGCAAGCGGCGGGUCUCUACGGCCCCGAGGGCGUCACUCCAGUUCAUGUGGCCGUCAUCGCCAACACGAGCUCGCUGUUUGGCGCCCGGACGUGGGCGCAGCUCCUCGAGAGGUUCCCCAAGACGCUCCUGGCCGUCCUCUCCGGGGCCACGGGGGUGUCGCCGUUUCAGGCGCUGUCGUUGACAUGCUGCGCGGGAACCGUGCUCGGCGUGCUGGUCACUCUAGGCCUUACCACUCCGCCAGCCUUCUUCGGCCUCUGGGCGAUGUACGCGGGGAUCUUCUCGAACGGCGGGCAAUUCAUGACGUUCCAGUGGGACAUCCUGCUCCUCGAGGUCGGGUUCGCGGCCGCGCUCCUCGCCCCCUGGAAGCCACAGUGGUCCUACCCUGCCGCUGGCCAAGGCACUGAACCCCGGAAGGGGCCGCUGCUCCUCCUCCGGCUCAUCCUCUUCAAGCUGAUGUUCAUGAGCGGCGUCGUCAAGAUCACGUCCCGGUGCGCUAGCUGGUCCAAGCUCACGGCGUGCCACUACCACUUCGCGACGCAACCGCUCCCAACCCUCCCGGCGUACUACCUGCACAACCUCCCGGGGGUGUGGCUAGGCGCGUCUGUCAUGGCGACCCUCGCGAUCGAGCUGCCGCUGACGGCGCUCAUCCUGGUGCCGCAGCGCCACUGUCGCAUCGUGGCCGCGUGGCUCAACAGCACGCUGAUGCUCGUCAUCGCCCUGUCGGGCAAUUACAACUUCUUCAACCUCCUGACAGCGGUGCUCACACUCCCCCUCCUCGACGACGCCCACGUGGCCUUCCUCGGCCUGGCGGCGCCGCGCGCGGCGCCCGCGCCGAGGGAGCGGCCGCCGGCGUCCGCGCUGGCGCGGGCCGUCGCGGGGUGGCGCGUGGUCGACGACCAGGUCGUUGUGUGGGGCGUGGUUCUGUUUUUCGCGAUCGUCGCGGCGUUCCUGGGGCCCUUUGAGUUCGGGGGACCCGCGGGCUUCCGCGUCGCGUUCGGCGUCGACGCCCUCGAGGCGUUCUUGCGCGUGGCGCUCCCUGUGCUCCUCGUCGCGGCUGGCCUGGUGCUGCUAGCUGCGGGGGCAUAUGAUGUCGCGAAUGCUGUCCGCACGCCUUCCGCUGGUCGCGGAUCGGCCGGCCGAGCGGUCUGGCCGGCCGUGUGCGCCGGUCUGGUGCUUCUCCUGCACGUCGGUGGGGCGCCCGGGGGCCUUUUGAGCCUGGAUCGGUCAAAUAUGCAGCUGCAACUGCGCAGGAGACCCUGGCUGAAGUCUGCGCACGAGGUCGUGGCUGGGCGGCUGCACGCGGCGGCGGGGUACGGGCUGUUCCGGCACAUGACGGGCGUAGGGCCGAAGGACAUGAAGAAGGAAGGGAAGCAAGUGGAGCGCCCGGAGUUGGUUUUGGAGGUCUCCGAAGACGACCUCAACUGGUAUGAGGUCGAGUUCAAGUACAAGCCCGGAGACGUGACCGCGGCCCCGGCGUGGGUCGCGCCGCACCAGCCCCGGCUGGACUGGCAGAUGUGGUUCGCGGCGCUCGCGGGCAAGCGCGCCAUCGCCACGCACCGCUGGCUCCUCGGGCUGAUGCGAGGGAUCGUUGCGGGCUCGCCGCCAGUCCUACGCCUCUUGUCGCAGUCGACGCAGCCCCAGGGCUCGCCGCUGCUCGCGCCGCUGUCCGGCGGCCCGCCGCCGCGCCGCGUGCGGCUGGCGCGGUACGCGUACGACUUCCACCAGCCGGAGUGGGGCCGGCAGCGCACGUGGGACGUGUACUGCGAGUGCAGCGUGUUCAAGACGGAGACGCCGGUGAACGCGACGGUGGCGUACUGGCGGCGCCGGAGGACGGAGGAGCUGGCGGGGCCGUUCGCGCGCGAGCAGCUGGAGACGGCGUGGGGCGCGGGGCAGGCGCCGCAGGGGUGCGCGGCCGUGGGGUGGCUGCGGAGGGUGCCGUGUGGGGUGCUGGCGGGCGCCGCGGAGGCGGCGGCGGGGCUGGAGACGGUGGGGCCGUGGGCGGCGGGCGUGGCGGCGGUGGGCGGGCUGGUGUGGCAGCGGCGGCAACGGCGGCACGCUGCGGCGCAGGGGGAUGGCGAGUCGGGGAAGAAUCGAGCGAAGACGGAAUAG